UCUCUUAGCCGGUGGAACGUGGAACUUCGUGUCACUUCGUGCAAGCUUUUAUUUCAUUGUCGGUCGAACGGGCGGCGUGUAUCCGGACGAUUUAGAUAUCCGGAUUGAUUCGGACUAAUUUGAUAUUCGGAUUGAACGGACGAUUAAUCCGGACUCUUCGCAUCACUAGUUAUGCGUCAAAAAACCAAAACAAACAUUGUCUUCCUAAGUUCAUAAGCACUUUUUAAAAUAGCUUAUAUAGUUUUUAUUAUUUAUAUCAAUAUUAUUAAACACUCUUUAUCACAAACAAAUUGCCAUAAUUAUGGGCGUUACCGUAUUAACCCAAUUCCCUAUUGAAAAGUUAUCUGGGCCCCAAACCAUAGAAAUCCUGAAUAAACGAAUUAUGGCCCUUGGAGCAGUGCCUUCCGCACAAUUUUUAGUUGACUGUGAAACUUACGUUUCUGUGCCCACUUUGGGUCACCAGAGAACUGUCCAUGUACUUCACAAUUCUGAACAACCAGCUACUGUGUUUUCACUGCUUGAUACUGGUACCAAAAUAAUUCCACUAGCAACAGAUGGCUUAUUUGACCUACUAAUGAUGAAAAUGUCAAGCUUCUACCAAUCAAAAAAGCAAACCAAGGCCGAAUCCAAAGGGCCAAGGUAUGAAAUAGGAGACUUCUGUGUUAAACUUGGAACAGUAACAGUAAGUGCAAAUUUUAAAGGCAUUUUAGUGGAGGUUGAGUAUAAACCGUGUGUAGUGCCCGCCAUGUGCUGGGAGCUUAUGAUGGAGUUUAUGCAAGGUUUUUUGGGAUCAGCGGGUCCCACGGCUCCCCCGUCAUUUCUUCAAAACAGGAUGCAGGAUAUUUAUUCACCUAUAGACACUAUUCAACAGUAUUUGGAACACUUUACACACUUUAGAAAAUCUACUAUUGCAACUCCUAAUAUGAUGAUGAGGCCACAGUAAGAAGUGCUUGGAAGUUUUUGUGAGUUUGUUGGUCAUUAAAAUAAGUAUCGACGAUCUUUCUAUUUGUUUUCUAUUUUUGCACUCUGAUUAUUACAUAUUUAUGUAAAUUUAUGUAAAUUUUGUGCUAGAUCUAUAAUAUAAGGAAACAUCUUUAUUUAGGUACAUAAACUAAGAGACUUAAUUAAGUGUAUUUUAUAUUUUUGUAAAAAUAAAUUAAUUAUAUUUUAAAGCA